GUCCUCUUCCAUAACACCAAUUUGCUUUUAGAUAGACUAGAUACAAACUAUUAUUCUAACUCACGGUGGGACUCGUUUGCUUGUGUUUGACGUGUUUGGAUAAAAAUGCUAUGAGCACCCAGGAUGGGAAAAGGGAGACGAAGACGCUCUUACUCAGACUCUAGUGAGUCUGGUUCGGAUGCUAAUUCCUCUGGCUCUGAUAGAGAUGAGGCGGGUCGGCAUAGCGAUUCGGGCAGUGACCAGGACGCUGAGAACUGGGUACUCUGCGACCGCUGCACGAAGUGGCGGCGUAUACCUGCUGGUUUCGCAGACCAGAUUAAGGAGGACGCGCCUUGGUAUUGCGAAUACAAUCCAAACAAGGCGUUCGCGAGCUGCAGCGUUCCGCAAGAGCUAACUAACGAGGAAAUUGACGCUGGCGAAGACUCUGAAGGGAGCGACCUUGACGAGGAGGAGAGCCUGAAGCGGCGGAGGAUUCCGGCGGUAUGGCAGCUGCUGAAAGACAAUAUCCUGGCGCACAGGAAGCGGAAGGUGCAGGAUGAGGACGACAUCAUGAUAUGCCACUGCAAACCCGUGUACCGGGGUGGCGAUGGCUGCGGCCCUGACUGCAUCAACAGGAUGCUGUGCAUCGAGUGUGUGCCGGGCUUCUGUCCGUCGGAGGAAAAGUGCACAAACCAGAUGUUCUCCAAGCGGAUGUACGCCAACCUGGAAAUCCGGCGAGCCGGUGCUAAGGGCUUUGGGCUGUUUGCGCUGGAGGACAUUAAGGCGGGGCAGUUCAUCAUCGAGUACAUCGGCGAGGUGUUGGAGGAGGACGAGUACCAGCGGCGCAAGGAGUACUACAUGUCGGUGGGGCAGCGGCACUACUACUUCAUGAACAUCGGGAACGGGGAGGUCAUCGACGCCUGCCGCAAGGGCAACAUCUCCCGGUUCAUCAACCACUCAUGUGAGCCCAACUGUGAGACACAAAAGUGGCUGGUCAGGGGCGAGCUCGCCAUUGGGUUGUUUGCCGUGCGCGACAUCCCCAAGGAAACGGAGCUCACGUUCGACUACAACUUUGAGCGCUACGGCGACAAGCCCAUGCGCUGCUACUGCGGCUCCACCAACUGCCGCAAGUUCAUUGGUGGCAUGCAGGACAACAUUGACGUGUCUCUGCUGCCCGCCGUGGAGCCGGACAACGCCUCCACCGACCUGCCGCCCAUCAUGCUCACGGACUCGGACAUGGACCCCAACAUGCGCAUGCUGCUGGAUUGGCGCGUGGGCGCCAAGGUGGACAAGGCGAAGGAGAUGGGCAUGGUCACUCGGCUGGAGCGCGUCUGCAAGGCGCGCAACGUGAACUGGAAUGUGAAGCAGUUCUACGGUGAGGAGCCCACACCCCUGCCAGUGCACCAGGAGCCGGUGCGGCAUCGGGAGCAGCAGCAGCAGCGGGAGGUCGCGCCUGCCCCGGCGAGCAGCAACCGCAGUACGGACAAAGCUAAUGCAGCAGCAGCAGGCGAUGCGGGCACCACCCCGGCGCCUGCUCGUGCGAAGCAGCAGUGCAAGGCCGAAAAGGUUGCAGCAGGAGCCGCGGCGGCAGCGGGGUCGGCGGGCAAGGGCAAGGCCGCAGGGGAGAGCGCAGUAAAGACCAAGUCGGAAAGCGCCACGCAUGCCGCGGGCCUUGCUAAGCUGCGGAUAGGGGAUGGCCCGGGCAGUGGGACGCCUGGAGCAGCGGGGUCGACUCCCGGCAGCACGGCAGCGGCGCAGGCGAACCGGCAAGCGUCCGCAACGACGCCGUCCGUGACUCCGGAGAUGACGCAAGUGCGCGGGCCGAAGGCGCUGUUCAAGCAAUGGAAGAUCAUGCAGCAACAAGAUGCGACGCCCCCGGCUGCAGCUGAGGAGAAGCCGGUGGCCACGCCGUCUUCGCCGCCAUCGCCGCGCUCACCGCACUCCCCGCCAUCGCCGCACUCCCCGCCGUCGCCUCGUUCAGCCCGGUCACUUGACAACGACGAUGCAGCCCUGGACGAAAUCCGGACAGCGGCCACGGCAGCAGCUCAGCACGUGCCCUUGCGCAAACGACUCCGCAGGCUCGUACCAAAGGCGGCCGCGCCGGAGCCUGCGUCAGCACAACCAGCGACGGCACCAGCCCCUACACCGACGCAAAACGGCGGCAGCACAGCAUCUGCAUCCGCCGGCGCCACCACCGCGCCGACACGGAAAGCAGAGGCAGCGCCAGCCCCGUCCGCGCCCCCAGCCGCAGUCGCCUCUUCCUCCGCUGGCGCCAUUGUACGGAGGAACUCCCAGGGCUCCGCCGGCACGACACCGGCUGUUGCUGGGGCCGCAGCAGGGCCGUCAGUUUACUCGGCGCCUCGCUCGCCGUCGCCGCCGCCAACCGGGCGUUCUAAUCGCAAACUACGCAGUGAAAUUGACCGUCGGUUGGAUGAUGUGGUCGGCAGCAACGGCCGGCUGAAGGACCCCAGUCGCCAGAAUGUCAUCAAGGUGCUGCGCCUGUUCAAUCUGUGCGACAUUGGCGGCCACUCGGGCCGAAACAAUGGCUUCGGUUCGGCAGCCGGCGGGCGUUACUUGACGCGGAAUGGCGACGACGGCAUGGGUGGGGGCAUGGCGGGUCCUGGGCCGGGGUCCGCAUCCGCAUCUGGCGGGGUGACGGCUCGGCAGCGGGCUCGCAUGGCGGACCUGUCGCUGCUGUUGGACGUGGUGUUGAAAACCAGCAGCUCAGCCGCGAAGAGGGAGUUUGUUGCGUGCGGGCUGCUGACGCAGCUGCACCAGGCCAUGGGGCGCAACACGGGCAAGGAGUACUGCGUCAUUCUGCGCAAGGUCCUGCGUGUGGUGGAGGGGCUGCCACUAGAGGCAAACGAUGUGUACGCAGUGCGCUCAGCGCACGGCAACUUUGCCGACAUGCUGCGGCAGCUCUCCACCAACCCCGACUACGACGUGCGCACCAAAGCAACAGCGCUCCUGAAGAAGUUCCCGCCCUCCGCCGUGACGGACCAGCGGAUACUGCAGCUCAUGUCUGCGCCGCCAGUCCGCUUCGGGCACGGGCGCGGCGGCGGCGGUGGCGGCAGCGGCAUGGGCGGGCCUGGCAUGCGAAUGGGGCCCUUCCACGGCGGCAGCGGAAUUCCCUUGGCCAUGCAGCAGCAAUACAUCCAGCAGCAACAGAUGCUGCAGCAGCAGCUCUUCAAGCAGCAGAUGAUGCGGCUCAAGGAAGCGGGUGCAGCGGGCGGAGCCCUGCCGCCACCGCCGCCGCUUACCUCCGCCGCUAGCACCGCAUCCGGCGACGGCAACGCCUCCGACGGCCAGGCAGCGGCGGCGGCGGCAGUAGGGCCGGGACUUCCGCGCUCCUCCAGUGCCACCUCGCUUGAAGAGGAGGCUGCGGACGGGGACCUUGCUGGCUCCAACGGGCCCGCCAACCUGCCGCCCCUGGGUCCCAGCCGCCAGCGGGCUAUGGUAGCUGCGGCGGCGGCUGCAGCGCUCGCGUCCCGGCCGGGUCUCUUACGGCCCUUGGCCGCGCGGCCUGGUGGCUUGGGAGGGCCGCUAGCGAACGGCUUGGGCCCCAUGGGUGGUGCGGGGACAGGUCGCGGCGGCGUUAUGAACAUGGGCAUGGCGCCAUCACCGUUGGGCCUGCCGCCUCGGCCACCUUCGCCUGCCAAUGCUGAUGCCUACGCUGCGUUCAGCGGCAGCGGCCCCGCAGACGACCAUCCCAGCAAACGCCGGAAGCACAGCCACCCACACGGUCUGGACAGCCCGGCGCAUGGAGGGGAGACGCUUCCGGGUCCGCCGCCCCGACCGCCGUACUCGCUAGCCAACGCACUCCACAACCGCCGGCCAUCCAGCCACAGCGGCGGCGACGGCGGAGAGCGAGAGCCACCUGGACCGCCUCCGCUACCUUCUGACCUCCCGCUUCCGCCGCCUCCGCCGCACCCUCUGCGUGCAGCCCACCCCCGCGGGGCUAGUCGGGGCUCCAUGGACCGGGACCUGCUGGCGGACCUGCCAGAGCGGCUCAGUGGGGAGCAGCUGUUUGCCAUGCAGCGACCGCUGACGCGGCCGCCGCCGCUGCCUCAGCUGCAGGGCCAACUGCAGCCGGAGCGGCAUCUGCAUGGGGAGCUCACCGACGUCAGCACGCUGUUCGCGUUAGGGCUGUACGGCAGUUUCCGCCGGUCGAGUUCCGCCACGGCGUUGUCAGCGGCGACGAUGGAGCCGGACGAACCCCCGCGGCCCAGCGCGUCAGGGCUCGACGGCUCUGGGCCAAAGUCGCCACGGGAAAGCCGUACAUCCGUGCCGAUGUCGCCGUUGAUAGAGCUGCCGCCCAUGUCGCCUCUCCUCGAGCCGCCACAGGCGCCCUCUUCAACAGCGGUGGCAGCUACAGCUGGGGGCACGGCAGGGGUAGACCUGCCGCUACCCCCGCCGCCGCCGGGGGGUGGCAGCAGUGCACACGUGGACGGCAUGCAGCUGCGGCCUGUGCGCACACACUCCUCAGCGCCGCUGGCGGCCGCCGGGGGCCCCACCGCGGGGCCCAGUCCCUACCAUCACCAGCAAGGCUCCCCUGCGCCGCACGCCGGGUGGGACACACCUGCUGCACCCAUGCCUGUGGGCUCGGCAUCGUCCAUCCCGACCGCCUCGGGCCUCGCCGCAGCGCAGCAGCAGCAGCACGCCGGCUUCGCGUCCUUAGCCACAGCCCCCUCGGCCUCAGCCGCGGCUGCGCUGCCGCCGGUUGUGCCCGUCAGCUCUCUGAGCGAUUGGCGCAUGCCGCCUGCAGCGUCGGGUGCAGGAGCAGGGGCGGGGUUGGAUGCCGCAGGAGCAGCGGCAGCGGCACCCCCGGUGGUCCCUGUGGUGCCGCUGUCGGAGGGGCUGCAUGCGCCCGCCCUGGCGCGCAUGUCGCCGCAUGCCACCCCGGAGCACCAUGCGGCGGGGGCGGGCGGACGCGGUGGGGCUGCGGGCCAGCCGGAGGAGGAAAACAUUGACGAGUGGCUGCGGCCUGUGUCCAGCCACCACUCCGAGGUGUGGGAGGAGCCGGACGCCUACUUCGAGGCCUACGUGGCGGACAUGGUACGACACCGGCUGGGCAAGUACAUGCAGCCGGAGCACCCCAGCCGCGUGUCGGUGCAGGAGGCAACCGUGCUGCGAGCAAAGGUAUACCGGGAGGUGGUCGCCAAGGAGCGGCGGGCCUGGGACGAGCGCCGCAGCGCGGGCGUCUACAAGCCCAUUGAGCGACACAAGCUGGAGGCCAACCUGAAGGAGUUUGUGCGCUCCACCAUUAAGCGCAUGCGCGACCGCGAGAAGGAAAAGGCGGCUGCAGGGCACCAUGCAGGCAGCACGGUGCGUGGCGGUCCCCAUCCCGGUCAGGGCGGCGCUACCCCUGCAGCAGGAGGCCAUCCGCAGCAGCAGCAGCACCAACUGCAGCACCGGCAGUCCCUGUCGUACAGCCUGACGCCUCCGCCGGUCAUGCAUGUCUCGGCGUUGUCGCAAUACCACCCGAAUACAGCGUUGGGCCGCACGCCGACCACACCCUUGGACGGCACCUUCCCCCGCACGGCAAGUACAGGCGACCUGUCACGUGGCGUCACGCCACGUGACAGGCUCAUAGCCUCGCCUGCAGCUGACGCCAGCGCUGCUGGUUCCUCAGCAGCAGCAGCUCCGCAGGGUGGGGAGGUUCACGCGGGAGGAGGGACGGGAGGGGGUCAAGGAGGGGCAGCUGUCGGCUCCGCAGCCGCAAGCGGCGAGUGCGCUCCUGGGGACUCUGGGGCUGACGACGUUGCCAUGGCCGAGCCCACGGCCGCUUGAUUACUGCAAUGGUGGUGCAAAGUGUUAUGGGGCAAAGUGUGGCUGGGCUGUGUCCGGGCGUCCCUUCAUGCAGCGUGGCUCUGAUAGCAGGACCUAACACACGAGCUGGAUGUUGAGAUUGUGAGAGGAGCCUAGUAGCAUGGGUGUGGAUGCUUACAUGCUAGGCAUAACGGGUUGCGGCUUGCAGCAGCACACCCGCGGCGGAUGUGGGGCGGCGCGCUAAAAGAGGAACCAACGUGCUCUGAUGCGCGGGGUCUUUGGCUGGGCAUGCGAACCAAACACACUAAGCUUGUGUGCUGCCGUCAAGCUGUUUUUUGUUACCGAUACGGCAAUGUACGGGUGGAAGACUUUGUUUUGAUGCCUGUGCGUGGCGUGCAUUAGUGGCGCUGUGGUGUUUCGUUUCUGCUGUCUUGACGCCUGUUUUCAGACAGGCCCAUGUCCGGAAGAGGAGAGGGGGUAGCCCGAUUGGGGCCGAAAGCUCGCGGUGUGAUCUAGAAAGGGCAGGCUUGGCGGUCUAUUGGGCACGUAGGCUCGGCAAGGUUUCCCGAGUGAGGGUUGAGACCGACUUUUGUUGUACAUUGUACGGGAGCAAGUCGUAUACGGGGUUUGGCGGAUGUCUUACAGAAGGUGUACAUAUCGACAAAGUGACACAGAUGGAACUGAACCGUGGAGUCCGUACAUCGUAGGUGGGGGAAUACUGGGGUAAGCCAUAGCUUCUCGUCUGAUUGGGGGCCAAGCGGAACUGUCGCGCAUUCGCUUUUGCUUACUACCACUGACAUGACGGGAAGCACUUUACACAUACACCGUUCGACGACGGCAUUGCCAGACUCUCUUGACACCGUUUGGUGAUGGUGAAGUUGUGGACCAUGCUAACGGAAAUGCCGUUGCUGUGCACGCUACUGCAUUGAACCGCUUUUGCAUCUUUCGUUUCGGCAGUUAGUGGUGUUGGAGGGCCCGUCCUGCCCGGGAUUGGCGCUGUGCGCAAGCAUAUCCACGUGUAAUGCUGUGCGGAUCAG